AUGGGUAACACGUGUUCACAUUCCAUCCAUCUUACCCCCUGCCGUUCCUCCAUCUCACCAUCAUUUCAAAUAAAAGAUAAUGAGCAAAAACGAGUAUUCAGAUAUGGAGCUUCUGAAACCCGGCUUCUACCCCCACCCCAGCUCGGUCAAUGUCUCAGGAUGACUGAAAAUGGGAAUAUUCUUCUGAACGGAGGAACUAUAAGUGGUCGAAAACUGCACAGUCUUAUAGAAGGAGAAUCUGAUCCCGAAGUUCUAAGAAUUUUAGAAAAACGCAUGGCUAGAUCAGAUCACUUUGAACAAAAUACCGAUCAUAUAUAUAAAUCUCACAGUGAUCCCGAUAUUGUUCACAGUUUAAUAGAUCAGGAGAACAACGGGAUCAUGCAAGAGGAGAAAAGACACUUUCAUAAAAGUGCAGCUGCUGUCAGUCCGAGUAAGGCUAAAAUCAAAUCGAGGAAGAAAAAUCGUGCUCCUGAACCACCUCAGUCAUUGUCCACAGAUCAGGACAAACGGUCUUUCCACAGAUCAGACUCACAUUUACUUAAAAAGAAGACACAUUUUAUACCAAACAGAAAAGAGUGGAAAACUAAACAUCCUGCACCUCCUCCACCACCUCUUUUAUUCAGUGAGAGAGGGAAGUUGGAAACACUUCAAGAAAUUCCUGGAGAUGGAGAUAGCAGAAGCUCAGGUGAUAUAUUUAGAAUGAAAAUUUCGGGGAACAGAGAUGUUUCGAAAAAUAUAGAUAACAAGAGCUUCUUUGAAAAUACAGAAAAAAAUCACAGUAUAGAAAGACGAGAGAAAAACCGAGUUGUAGUAGAGAAAAAGGCAAAUGUUACAACCGAGAACGAUAGCUUCCAACAGACGAGAAACGUCGUGUUUAACAGUAAACAUAUCACAACGAAAAACCAUAAGUUACGAUCGCUGUCGAGUCUCUUGUGCAAUAACCCAGAAAAUCGACGAACAUUUAAAGAACAAAUUGAAGCUGCAGCGAGAAAACAUUUCCAACAAAUAGAGGUUGGUAAAGAAGUCUCGAAAAUUACAGAAAAAACCCAAAUUAACCAAGAAGCUAUAAAACAGGAAAGAGGACAACAUUUUGAAAGUAAAGAGAAUGAAACUGAGUGUUGUUCAUCCAAAAAGUUUUAUUUCUCAGAAAAACUACCCUCAAAAGGUCAAAACCCUGAUGAAUUAAUGUUAACUGGGGCCCAGAGUUUUAGGAAAUCCACUGAACCUCGAGACAGUGAUAAAACAAACCCUGUUGUCACAAAAGCUGUCGUUUCCCACACAUUUUCUGCAUCAGACCAGCCUGAAAAGGUAACAAAAGUUAUAGAAUUUACUAAAAAUGAAAUUUCCAAUCAACUAGGGUAUGUUAGAGGUCAUAAAUCACCUUUUAUUACACACACGAAUUCUGAAGUUCAACAAGAAGUUCUAAAUAAGGCUGCGUUAGAUCCAGUUGACACAAGUCGUUAUGAUAGAUCACUUAAUAAUAGAUCAGAUGAAUCUCAACGGACAAAGAUGAAACAUGUAGAUUACAAUUCUUCGACAUUGCCUUCGAAUAAAUCACAUUCUAGUGAUUCUGAUGAAAACAACACUGACAUUAGGCUUCAGCUUAAGCCAACGCUUCCAAGGAAACACCUUCAAAUUCCUAAAUUUUCUCCUUCAGAAGCCUGGAAAUGUUUGAACAUUGAUCGAAUAAUAGGUCAUCAGGACUCAGACCUCAGCAGCAAUGAGGAGGACAUCAACGAAGAAAGGAUUAAUCAAAUGAACAGAUCAUUUGCCCCCCGAAGAUCCAUUGUUGACCUCUGUGAUGAUUCGGAAAUUUCUCAAGAUGGUGAGAGACCAGUGUUUGUGCACGAAGAAGGAGAUGAACCACAGAUAAAUAAAAAUCAAAGACCAGAGGUUCUUGGAAGUUCCUCACCCGAGAUGUCAGCUACUAACAGACAGACCUGGAUUCCACAGAACGAUCUUGAUGAUUCGGAGACAGGAAGCAUUAAUAACUGUGAAUCUAACCAGAAACAGAAAUACAGUUCUGAAAACAUGUUAACACAGGCCAAACUAACACUCCCAAGUAGUAUGUUUGGUGGAUUUCAGUCUCUACCAAUGCCAAAUGACAACAAUGGUAUCAACUCCUCAUCUUUUAACAAAGGAAAAAACGGAAGGUGCAAAAAGAAAGAUAAAGAUGUUACGACACAACAUUUUAACAGUCUCAGAAACAUAAAGAAGGCUUUCAGAUUUGGAAACAAAAAUAUUAGUGACGAAGCCUACUCAAGAUUAGAUCCAAACUGGUCAUUAAGUCGCAGUAUACCAAAUAAUAUCUAUAAAAUUCACGAAACAGAAAAUAUAGGUUUGAGAAAAAGUAAAUCAGGCUCUAUUUUUCCUUCUUCACAUGAAGAGCGUAAUGAUAACACAGAUGCAUUUUCAAAACAGACACAAGAAAUGCAAUCUUUUCUAUUGCAAGACAAGGGACCGAUGAUGUAUUUACCAAAAUGUGCAUCUUCACGAUCCUUUAGCGAACUGAACAGAGAAUGUGAACUGAACCCAUCAACCACAAAAGUACAACCUAGAAGAAAGGAUAAGAAAAAGUUUGCCUUUGAUAGCACGAUAAGGAAGCACGAAAGACAAAACUUAGAACUGAAGCUUUCACGGCAGGCAGCAAUGAAAGAGAAGGAGAGAGAAAAAGAAAUAAAAUUGAUGAAUAAAGUAGAAGAUGAGUUUCGCAAACAGAGGGACAAGGAGAAGAUAAGUAUUCGAUACCAGCUUAGAAUCUUGAACAUGGAAGAAAACAAAGAUGGAUCUUUUUUAGAAAAACAACACACGAUUGGCCAAUUCUUAAAUAAAAAUUCAACAAAAAAUGGGGGAGAUGUUUUCAUUGGUGACUCUAAUACUACAUUUGGGGAAUCAGAUCAAAAGGAUUCAGCAUAUACUUCUGAAAACUCCUCACCACAAACCACAUCGUCACCUGUAGAGAAGUCUCAGAACCAGCCUCAGGUAGAUCAGUGGAAUAGGACAACAGGGAUGAGUAAGUGGUUAAGAAGACAACGACAAGCUAGUGACUCUCCUGAGAAACCAUUCAGCCCUCCUAGGCCAGAGCCAGAAGGAGCCAGAUCGUCUGGAGAUGAGUGUAAACAGUGUAAUGAAUACCAGUGUCAACAAAGUACGAUAUGCCAGUCAUUAGCAAAACCAGCAAAAAAUAAAAAUGUAGCUAAAAAUAGAGAAAAGAAGAAUGUUCAUGAAAAGACAGUAAGACAGGAUAAGGUGAACAAUUUAUGUGACAACAAUGCUCCCAUAGAAUACGAUUCUACAAAUCGGAAGAGGUAUGACUGGACUUCCAAUUUGAAGGAGAGAUCAGUUCAACCUUGUAGUAGCGAGAACACCACUAGACAGGCAAUUGAAAGUAUAAAUCAAGAAAAACAUGUUGUAUUGAACGCUUCAGUUAUUAACAGAAGACAUGUUAAAGACUGUCAAUUUUCUCAACAACUCCAUAAUCGAGAAGACAAAGAAUUUGCCCAAUAUAAGGAAUCAAGACUUUUAUGUGCUCUGACUGACUUGUUGCCAGAAAGUACAAGGAACAGCGAUUACUACAGGUGGAGAAUGCGGUUAAGAAGAAAAUCUUUCGAUGAUGUAGAAUCAACUUCAGAUGAUGCAUCUUCAAGUGCAAGUGAAGGACAAAAUAUCCUCCGGGAAAGUUCAAAACAGACGAAGUACUUAAAAAACGACUGGUUACUGGAUAACAAUUUACCUUUUUUCAGUGACUAUCAACGUAAGUCAGAAGGUAAACCUCAAACUUAUAUCAAACAAGAAGCCUUCGCAGACUAUGAUGUACUGAGUAAACCCGAUCUCAGUCUGGUGCUCACCCAGCCCUUUAACCCUUGCAAGGAAUAUCGACCAGUGCCAUUCAGUUCGUUACCACAGUCACCAAAGAAAGUGGAGUUGUAAUAUAAGAUUUUAUAGAAAAGGACAGCAGCAUCAAGUGUUCAAAGGUUGUGGAGAUAACUAAACACCUGAUUCAGUAAAUCAAUACUUCAAAGCUGGGAUAUAUAUUGAACUUUUUUGGUUUGAAUGAGUU